UGGGUCAAAGUGAGGCGGGGAUGGGUAGCUAAUCAUUUAGCUGUAGCUAGAUAGCUGGAUAGCGAGGUAUCGAGAAGAGGCAGUAUCUAUAGGAGUCAGUUAUUUAUAUGUUUUGUGGCACAACCCAAAAGUUAACCCUCUAACACCAAGAAUGGACAUAAGUUAACAAUGACGGGGGAGAAAAAGAAGAAAAAGCGGCUGAACCGCAGCAUUCUUUUGGCCAAGAAAAUUAUCAUAAAAGAUGGAGGCAGUCCUCAGGGGAUCGGAGAGCCCAGCGUCUACCAUGCCGUGGUGGUCAUCUUCCUGGAGUUUUUCGCCUGGGGUCUACUCACCACCCCCAUGCUCACGGUGUUACACGAAACAUUCCCCCAGCACACAUUCCUGAUGAAUGGGCUCAUUCACGGUGUUAAGGGCCUGCUGUCGUUCCUCAGCGCCCCCCUCAUAGGGGCUCUGUCAGACGUCUGGGGACGCAAGUCCUUCCUGCUGCUAACGGUGUUCUUCACCUGCGCCCCCAUCCCUCUGAUGAAGAUCAGCCCAUGGUGGUACUUUGCGGUCAUCUCCAUGUCUGGCGUGUUUGCCGUCACCUUCUCCGUCAUCUUUGCGUACGUGGCUGACAUCACACAGGAGCAUGAGAGGAGCACCGCCUACGGCCUGGUCUCUGCCACGUUCGCCGCCAGCCUGGUGACCAGCCCGGCCAUCGGCGCCUACCUGUCGGUGACCUACGGGGACACCCUGGUGGUGAUCCUGGCCACCGCCAUCGCCCUGCUGGACAUCUGCUUCAUCCUGGUGGCCGUGCCCGAGUCGCUGCCGGAGAAGAUGAGGCCGGCCUCCUGGGGGGCGCCCAUCUCCUGGGAGCAGGCGGACCCCUUCGCCUCUCUGCGUAAGGUGGGCCAGGACUCCACGGUGCUGCUCAUCUGUAUUACAGUGUUCCUGUCCUACCUGCCCGAGGCAGGGCAGUACUCCAGCUUCUUCCUCUAUCUCCGACAGGUCAUAGGGUUCUCUUCUGAGACGGUCGCUGCCUUCAUAGCUGUGGUGGGAAUCCUCUCCAUACUGGCCCAGACGGUGGUGCUGGGGAUCCUGAUGCGCUCCAUAGGGAACAAGAACACUAUCCUGCUGGGUCUGGGCUUCCAGAUCCUGCAGUUGGCCUGGUACGGCUUCGGUUCUCAGCCCUGGAUGAUGUGGGCUGCAGGCGCGGUGGCAGCCAUGUCCAGCAUCACCUUCCCUGCCAUCAGCGCCAUCGUGUCCCGCAACGCAGACCCCGACCAGCAGGGUGUGGUCCAGGGGAUGAUCACAGGGAUCCGGGGCCUGUGUAACGGCCUGGGCCCGGCCCUUUACGGCUUUGUCUUCUACCUGUUCCACGUGGAGCUGACCGAUCUGGACGGCGUCGACGGCGCCGACAAGGGCUCCAAGCCCAACAUGGCCAACCCCACUGACGAGAGUGCCAUCAUUCCGGGCCCUCCAUUCUUGUUCGGCGCCUGUUCCGUGCUGCUCUCCCUGCUGGUGGCGCUCUUCAUCCCGGAGCACACGGGGCCCGGGGCCCGGCCGGGGGCCUACAAGAAGCACAACAACGGGGCCCAGAGCCACUCCCACAGCCCCCAGGGCAGCGGGACGGAGGGCAAGGAGCCCCUCCUGGAGGACAGCAGCGUAUAACCCCAGCCUCCAGGGGCGUGGGGUUCUGUUUUCUCUUUAGCGGCCGUGCAGUGACGCCGGUGAUGUUCCUCGUUCCAAAGAGACGCGACAACGGUUGAUAUGUGACUCAAGAGCUGUCCUGUAAUGACCCCUUUCACAAGCUAACUUCUCGUUGUGAUACUUUUGUUGUCGUACGUGGUUUCUGUCCUGGGUUAUGGGAAGAAGGGAAUGCAGGUCUUCCUAUGAUGUAGAGCUACGAGGAGUCUCUCCUUUGGCAUAACCAAUCUCGGAGGGGCCACACCAAUUACCCACAGGGACAGUACUGAAUAACAGGCAGAACGUUUUUACAGAGGGACUUCAGUCGACUUGAAAGGAUCCACUCAUCCCCCUCCCUCUUCGGAGAGAGAAACGUGUAAAAGAAAGACCACUUUGUUUGAGACAUUUCCGAUGUUUACCUGCCAUUCAUUAGCUCCGAAGUAUAGUUUGGGUUGUAAUUAUAAUUUUUUUGUUCACACUGAAGGCUAGUUGUGCUUAUAAAGUUGUAAUUGAAGACAAAUGUUGCCUUGAAGUGACUUCAUAUUGAUAUAUAAAUCUAUUACGUAACCUGUAUGAAGACUAGGGUCUGAGUAAGGUCUGUAAUCUUUGCUAUCGCUCCCAUCGGAGCCUCGACACCUUUUCUCUUUUUUUGCCCUCUCACCCCCGCCUUCUGCCCUUCUUGGUCAAUUUGGCACAGCUCUAUUUGAAAGGACAACUGGCAGGAUUCUAGUUCAUUUAACUACCCGAUGGGCCGCUUUGACUCUAGUUUUUUUGUUUUGUUAUCAAUGUGAGCACUGAUGUUGUUAUUAGGACGUCUUGGGAAAAUAUCAUUAGAUUCAAUGAGAUGAAAUAUCACUUGUGCUGCUGCAGUAGGAAUUUAAAGGUUAUAUGUGAUGUGGUAUGAUAGACAAAGACUGCAAAAGUGGUAUCUGGAUUUAGACUGUAAACCAUCUAAUCUAAGCGUUCUCUGAUAGUUUUGCUCCUUGCUCCAUUACAGGUUGGUUAAAGGCGCUUGACAUUUUUGGAGCAAUGAUGUUUGGACACGGCAAAGGAUUUUCCAAUACUUUAUUACUGGAAAAUUUUAGCUGUUUUUCUUUUGAAAGAUUUCUUUUUCUAAAUGAGCCUCAAGUGCAUUGAAAUAACCAAAUCACACACUCAAAUGAAUUAAACCUUUGGUUUCAAACUGUAACAUUUAUCAUUUAUUUGUUGUUGUAUAUUUUGUGCCAAAUGUUUUAGUUUUUUUAUGUUUCUUAUUAUUUGUGAUUGCUUUGGGUUUGUUUGUUUUAUUUCCAGUUUUUCAUAAGUUUGGCAGAAAAUGUGUGCUAUUUUUAUAGUUUAUUUUAAUAAUUGGUCCAAUUGUUUUUAGGAUUCCUUCAACAUUGUGACUAGUUUGGAAAUGAAUGUCCAGCAUUUUACUGUUCUCAGAGUCAAUCUCUGGUUCAUUACACAUUUAUUUGUCAUUAUUUAAACUUACCCCCAUGUUUAUACAGACUUCAAUAGAGGACAUUGAAUGUUCUGAAGUAAAGUUAAAAUAUUACUUUAUUCUGCCAUACCCCAAAGUCUUUGGCCAAUAUUCUUCUUCUAUUGUUCAUGUAUGGUGGGUUAGCCAACUUGAGGCCAUUACAACUUAUUUCGAUUAUAAUUGUUUGUUGAAAUACAUUGGACCAACCCAUAAAACAACAAUUGAUAUCCUGGUAAGAUUCUGCACCAGCCCCUUCUGCACACCAACAGUUCACAUGCAAACGGAAGUCACUACUUUGCUGUAAAUGUACAAGUCCACCGUGUACGUACAGUCAAUGUAUAUAGGCCUAUGUAUGUUUAACAGACAUGGCCACCUAGAGGUCUACCGGAUAGUUUGGUGCGACUACAUUUGUCUAACUCUCCUGCUAGCCACUCCUGUUUUAGUAUGAUGUGGUCUGUGCCCUGACCCUCUCUGUGUGCCUAAAUUAGCCAAGAAAUAAAUAGGGCAACCUGAGUUACAUGGUGGAUAUAAUGUAAAUAUGGGAAACUAAUGACAAACUAUUUAUUAAAGGUUUAUUGUACAUUGA